AUGCUGACUCUGGAGACACCCAACUCUGGAACGGGUGUGAAUCUCCCACCUACGGCGUCGGGAGGAGACGCAUCAGCGAGCGAAAAGGCUAAAGAUGCUCAGACCUACGACGUGCAAGACAGCGAAUCUGAGCCAGAACAGGAUAAGGAAGCACCUGACGGAGCCACAAAAGCGGAGUUUCCUAUAGUCGCUUACCUGGAGCAGUUGUUCUCCAAGAGGCUCGAUGCCAUGAAGUCCAUGGUAGAGAGGCUCCCAGGGGUAGCUCCCCCCAUCCGGAAGAGCAACCCCGACUCUUAUGCCGACACUCCUUUCACGGAUGAGGUCACUUUGAUCAAGAUGCCCAUGAAGUUCUCCUUCCCCAGCAUAAGGGCGUAUGACGGCACCACUGAUCUGGACGACCACGUCGCCCAAUACAGACAAAGGAUGCUCGCCGUAGCACUCUCAAAGGAGUCGCGUGAAGCUACCAUGUGCAAAGGGUUCGGCUCAACCCUCACCGGACCCGCUCUGCAAUGGUACAUCAACCUACCCUCCAGGUCCAUAGCAUCCUUUGCGAUUCUCAGCGAUAAAUUCGUGGAAACAUUCGCUAGCAGCAAAGACCUGGAGAACACCUCUGAUGGCCUCUACGAAAUCCUCCAGCAACGGGCGGAACCCCUGCGAGGCUAUAUAGCUCGCUUCAAUCAAGAGAAGGUGGUUAUUCCCGAAUGCAGAAUCCCCACUACUAUCUCUGCCUUCAAGAGAGGCCUGCUCCCCGACGGGGACCUAUAUAAGGAGCUAACCAAAUACCAGUGCAAAACCAUGGAAGCCGUCCUAUCUCAAGCUUGGGCGCAGGUAAAGUGGGAGGAAGAUGUUGCCAGUCGCGCUAAGGCACAGCAAAAACAAGAUCCCAAGACGAUCAGAUCAGACCGAACCGAGCGAGACGAGAACCCCUCUCAAAGAUCAGCUAGGGACUUCAGGAAUCGAAACCGGGGCAGAUACCAAAACAGGCCGAUCGAGAAGGCAGAAGGGAUGGCAGUGUCCAUGUGGCCAGACAUCUCUCACCUCUCCAUCUCAAGGCCGGAGCUGAUCAAUGUUCUAAGGCAGAUGGGCCAACAGGUCAAUUGGCCUCAGAAGAUGAAAGCACCCGAUUCUUUCCGGAACCCUGGUAUCUGGUGCGACUUCCACCGAGACCAAGGUCACAAAACGGAGGACUGCAUCGCACUGAAGAUCGAGGUCAACGAGUUGCUUAAGAAAGGACACCUCUGGGAGUUCCUUUCCGAGAAGGCGAAGAGCCAUCUAAGCAAGGAGACAAUGGGGAAGCCCAUUGAAGCUGCUCACGUCUCGCCACCUCGACAGGAUCGGGUGAUUUACGUCAUAUCAGGCGGUUCAGAGAUCAGCACCAUAAGCCACACAGCCGCAAAGAAAAGCACCUGGAAUGCCAAGCACGGCCUAGAGGCAGCCAAUCCAAAACGCCUGCUCCUGGGUACAGACGAAAUAAGUUUCACAGCCAAGGAGCAGGAAAAGGUUCUCACCCCACAUCAUGAUGCCCUAGUCAUAUCGCUCACUGUAGCGAACUGCCUGGUAAAAAGGAUACUGGUAGAUAAUGGAAGCUCCGACAACAUCAUCUUCCAGGCCGCAUACAAGAAUCUGGGCUGGAGGAAAGCGCUCUAA